GGAGAAAGAACAUGGCGGGCGCGGCUGGGCCCGGGGCCCUCCCGGGAGCAGCGGGGGGUGGUGGAGACGAUUCGUUAUACCCGAUCGCGGUUUUAAUCGACGAGCUCCGCAAUGAAGACGUGCAGCUCCGGCUCAACAGUAUUAAGAAGUUAUCAACAAUUGCUCUAGCACUAGGAGUAGAAAGGACUCGAACUGAACUACUGCCAUUCCUUACAGAUACAAUUUACGAUGAAGAUGAGGUACUGUUAGCUCUUGCUGAGCAGCUGGGAAAUUUCACUGGCCUAGUGGGAGGUCCUGACUUUGCCCACUGUCUGCUGCCUCCUUUGGAAAGUCUGGCAACUGUGGAAGAGACUGUUGUUCGUGACAGGGCUGUGGAGUCCCUGAGGCAGAUUUCCCAGGAGCAUACUCCUGUUGCUCUGGAAGCUCAUUUUGUACCUCUGGUGAAACGCCUUGCAAGUGGAGAUUGGUUCACUUCUCGCACAUCUGCAUGUGGUUUGUUCAGCAUUUGCUAUCCCAGGGCUUCAAAUGCUGUCAGGGCAGAAAUUAGACAGCAAUUCCAUUCCUUGUGCUCAGAUGACACACCAAUGGUACGACGUGCUGCUGCUUCCAAAUUAGGUGAAUUUGCGAAAGUUUUGGAAUUAGACAGUGUGAAAAGUGAAAUUGUUCCAUUGUUCGCUAACCUAGCUUCAGAUGAACAGGAUUCAGUGCGCCUCCUAGCUGUGGAAGCUUGUGUCAGUAUUGCCCAGUUACUGUCUCAGGAUGAUCUUGAGACCUUGGUGAUGCCUACAUUUCGACAAGCAGCAGAAGAUAAAUCUUGGCGAGUUCGCUAUAUGGUAGCUGAUAAAUUUUCAGAGCUCCAGAAAGCUGUGGGUCCUAAAAUCACCCUAAAUGACCUCAUCCCCGCCUUUCAGAAUCUACUUAAAGACUGUGAAGCUGAAGUCCGAGCAGCUGCUGCCCACAAAGUGAAAGAACUUUGUGAGAACUUGCCCAUUGAAGGCAGAGAGACUAUAAUUAUGAAUCAAAUUCUGCCACAUAUAAAGGAAUUAGUAUCUGAUACCAAUCAACAUGUCAAAUCGGCUCUAGCUUCUGUAAUUAUGGGAUUGUCUACCAUUUUGGGCAAAGAGAAUACCAUCGAACAUCUCCUACCUCUUUUUUUAGCUCAGUUAAAGGAUGAGUGUCCUGAAGUUCGUUUGAAUAUCAUCUCCAAUUUGGAUUGUGUAAAUGAAGUGAUUGGAAUUCGUCAGCUCUCUCAGUCUCUCCUUCCUGCUGUAGUGGAGCUGGCUGAAGAUGCCAAGUGGAGGGUCCGGCUGGCCAUCAUUGAGUAUAUGCCACUGCUGGCGGGCCAGCUGGGUGUGGAAUUCUUUGAUGAAAAGCUGAAUUCUUUAUGUAUGGCCUGGCUUGUGGACCAUGUGUAUGCCAUCCGAGAAGCUGCUACCAACAACCUCAUGAAACUAGUUCAGAAAUUUGGUAUAGAGUGGGCCCAAAAUACCAUCGUUCCUAAAGUGUUAGUAAUGGCAGAUGAUCCUAAUUAUUUGCAUAGAAUGACCACUUUGUUCUGCAUUAAUGCACUGUCUGAAGCCUGUGGUCAGGAAAUAACCACUAAGCAAAUGCUGCCCAUUGUAUUAAAAAUGGCAGGAGACCAAGUAGCAAAUGUUCGUUUCAAUGUGGCCAAAUCUCUACAAAAAAUUGGACCAAUUCUAGACACUGAUGCUUUGCAGGAAGAAGUUAAGCCGGUAUUACAGAAGUUAGGUCAAGAUGAAGAUAUGGAUGUCAAAUACUUUGCACAGGAAGCUAUAAGUGUUCUUGCGUUGGCAUAAUGAGGAACAGGAGGGAAAAGACUUUACUAAAUUCUUAUCACAGAUUUCUAGUCAAUGUGUUCUUAAACUGGGUGGAGAAAAAAUGGAAAACCUUCAAGAUCUCAUCCAAGCAAAAAGCAACAACUUAGAAGAAAUCAAAUUUCAGUGACUUGAUUCUUUCUAAAGAAGAAAUGGGGUUGUUUUUUACUCACCUUCCUUGUUGGGAUAAUUAGUUAAGCCAUUCUGAUUGACCAAUUCUUGACACUUGGUACAGUCAUCUCGAUUGUCUUCUAAUGCUUUUCCGGCACUGUCUGGGCUCCUAAAUCCUCACUGUUUAGUCAGGCCCUGGCCACUUAAUAUUCCAGACAAAGUCUGGAUGGGUUUGUACCCAGACAUGGAGUAGAGUGAUUCUCUUGAUGUUUACAUGUAUCUUUGUGUCUCUUCAUCAUUACAAAGUUAAGUGUACAUGGUUUAGAAUAACUUAUUUUAUAAACUGUUUAUUUGGGAGACACAUCAGGAUUUGACUGUAGUGAAAACCACAUUUUCCUGGAUUAUGAUGGUCUUGCAUCAGUGUCUCACAUGAAAGGAGAAUGUGGAAGCUCAGGGUUAAUGUACUGGUCAUUUUGGUUUUUAUUUGCUUUAUUUUGACUGUAAUCAUGUCAUUUAGAAAUCUGAAUGUGGAUGCAUCUUGCUGCUAACAUGUGAUGUUGAAACCUAACUGAAUUUCAAUGGCUUACCAAUGUGACUACAUUCAAAAAUACUUCUCUCUCCCUUUCUCUCUCCCCUCGAGAAACUAACUUGAGUGUGUCCUAGUAACUAGUAGUUCUACUGUUUCACUGUAAGAUUGCAGUUUUGUGUUUUGAAUGGGUAUAGGAACCACUGGUAUAAUGCUUUGUGGUUUUCCUACUCUUUACCUGGUUCUGCUUCCGGCAAUAUUAGCAUCUGGCCCUUGCUACAUUGUACAGUAUCUUUCCACACUGAAGUUUCAUUGCUAAUAUUUUGGGUGACGCUGGAAUCUUAUCAUUGGAAGUGUUUGUUUUUCUCCUUUCACAGUAAAACCUCAUUAAUUCCUCCUGAAAUUUAAGAUAAUAUGAGUUAAGCUGAAAGGUUUACUGAAGCAAAUUAACAGUAUGUAAAGAAGCCUAUUUGUACAACUUAAGUAGUUUUAAAACUCUCUUUUAAAAGUACCCAUUUACCAAUUGAGAUGCCAAUUACCAGUCACUCUUUUCUAUAUUUUUUCUAUAUUUUAUUAUACUACCUUCCAUGAGGAUCUCUAGAAGGCCACACCUUUUUUCUAGAUGCAUUCAAUUUACUCUUUAUCCUUGAAAUGUAUAUCAUAUGUAUUUCAUGGAGAAUUUAAAUAUUUUUUCUUUUAAGUUUAUUUACAUUUUUCACCUAAUCAAACUGACUCAGUGAGGUUUUACUGUAGCUUAUUUUUCUCUCAGUGCAUCUUGCUGUGUAGUUUGCUUGUUUCCAUUUUCCACAUUUUUGAACUGUUGAUUUCAUUCACAACCUUUUUUAAAUCUAGUGAGCCCUGUUAUGUGUAUAUUAAAUAAUUAUGUAAACCCAAGUUUGACUAAAUACUCUCAAGUUUGGCUUACCUCAGAAAAACAGAACAGAAAUUUUAAGUCAGAAAUUAUUUGCCUGCAUUUUAAACUGCCAAAUUACCUUAUAUAGUAAGUUUCUAUUUUAUGACUUUUGGGGCCAAGGAUUAAAUAUUUUUCUAAGCAAAAAUCUUUUCUACAUUCUCACUUUAAUAUCUUAAACUGUUAUGCUAUAAACAUUGUAAUUUUAGUUUCAUGGUUCUUUAUUUUUUAUUACCUGCAGGUUAUGUUCCUCUUUAUUGAAUUUUAUAUCUGAAAGACUGUUGUCUUGAUUCUUGAAACCAAUUUGCCCUGGAACCAUUGCUUUACUCUUUGGUUGGAAAUGCCAUUGGUUUAGGGAUAGACUUCAAAAUGGCCUUGUACACCCCCUGGGGAACCCUGUGAAUUGACCUCUCUGUUCCAAGACUGUUAAAGAGAGUUACAGUGAGCUCUUACUUUCUCAAAUGUGGGUCAUGAAGCUCAGCAAAGCCACUAUCUUUUUGGGUGACCCCUUAGGGAUGUCAUUGUUUCUUUCUGACUUAAGCAAUAGGGAAUCCCUUUUGUUACUUCUCAGAGGAAUUUUUCUUUGGCAUAUAACUUGGCUAUUUACUCUACAGAUUAGUUUUUCCUGUCUUGAUUUCAUUAGAAUGUAAGCUCUAGGAGCUCUGUAGGGGCAGGCAUUUUUGUCUGUUUUGUCUUCUGCCAUAUCACCAGUGCCUGGAUGAGUGUCUGGUGUACACAGUAGAUGCUCAAUAAAAAUGUAUUCAAUGAA